CCGUUUACACUCGCAGCCUCUACGGUCGCAAUGGCGGCUGUGUCUGUAGCUCAGGCUCAGCUGGAUGCCGCAUUACUGGGAGCUACUGGCCAAGCCGAGAAAGAACAGCUUAUCCUCCAACACCUCAGAAAACUAGAUGGCAGGGAAACCGAUUUAAAAGUCCCUGAGUUUGAUGAAGGUCUGGAGUGGGUGAACACGGAAGAACCUCUUCUCUUACACGAAGACCUUUGCGGUAAAGUGGUGGUACUGGAUUUCUUCACUUACUGUUGUAUCAACUGCAUGCACUUGCUGCCAGACCUUCAUGCCUUAGAACAGGAGCACUCUGAUAAAGAUGGAUUAGUAGUUGUUGGUGUCCACUCAGCGAAGUUUCCAAAUGAAACGAUUCUUAAGAACAUUCAGAGUGCUGUCCUUCGUUAUAAUAUUACUCAUCCAGUCGUGAAUGAUGCUGAUGCAAAGCUGUGGCAGAAACUUGAGGUGACAUGUUGGCCAACACUAGUAAUUCUAGGUCCUCGGGGAAAUAUGCUGUUCACUCUAAUUGGAGAAGGACACAGGGAACAGCUUUUUUCAUUUAUUUCAAUGACCUUGAAGUACUACAAAGAAAAAGAAGAAAUUAAAGAUCAUGGCAUCAAAUUAAAAUUAUACAAAGAUUCUUUGCCACCUUCGUCAUUGCUUUUUCCGGCUAAAAUUGCAGUGGAUAAUGCUACAGGUAGACUAGCAAUUGCAGACUCUGGCCAUCAUAGGAUUUUAGUGACUGAAAAAAAUGGAGAAGUUCUUCAUGCAGUUGGAGGACCAAAGAGUGGGUGGAAAGAUGGGAGCAUUUUUGAAGCCAGUUUUAAUUCUCCUCAAGGGGUAUUGAUGAAGGAUAAUAUCAUCUAUGUGGCAGAUACGGAGAACCAUGCAAUAAGAAAAAUUGACCUUAUGACAGAAAGGGUGAACACAAUAGCAGGAACAGGAGUUCAGGGAACUGACCAAGAAGGUGGUAAGACAGGAGUGGAACAGUCAAUCAGUUCACCUUGGGAUCUAGCUUUCGGCGCCACUGGCAGUACUGAAGAUAGUCUUCUGUACAUCGCAAUGGCAGGUACUCAUCAGAUAUGGGUCAUUUUUCUAGAAGAUGGAAAACUCCCAAGAGGAAUAGAGUGCAAGAAAGGAACGUGCAUUCGUUUUGCUGGGAGUGGUAAUGAAGAAAACCGAAACAAUUCCUAUCCUCACAAAGCAGGAUUUGCUCAACCAUCAGGUUUGUCUGUAGCUCCUGCGGAACGGAACAGCCUUUUUGUCGCUGACAGUGAGAGCAGCACAAUCCGCUCUGUAUCACUGAAGGAUGGUGCUGUAAAAAACCUGGCGGGAGGAGAAAGGGAUCCUCUGAAUCUAUUUGCUUUUGGAGAUCUGGAUGGUAUUGGAAUAAAUGCAAAGUUGCAGCACCCCCUUGGAGUGGCUUGGAAUGAAAAGAGGGGUCUGUUGUAUGUAGCAGAUUCCUAUAAUCACAAAAUCAAAGUAAUAGAUCUAAAAACAAAACAAUGUACUACACUAGCAGGAACUGGCAGAGCCAGCAAUAUAAUUGGUUCUAAUUUCAACCAAGCUACAUUCAAUGAGCCAGGAGGUGUGUGUGUUGGUGAACAUGGGAAUGUACUAUAUGUGGUGGACACUAAUAAUCACCAGGUCAAAGUGCUUGAUUUGGAAAUGCAGACAAUCUCUGUGUUGGCAAUCACGACUAUGGUUACUGUAGAUGCUUCCAAAUCUGCAAAACCAAAGAAUGUUUCUAGGUUACCAAAAUCUGCUGCUUCAGUGCAAAUGGCUCCAUUAGUUGUGUCAUCUGGUCAGAUGCUGCAGUUCUGUCUGAAGAUUGACCUUCCAGAAGGAGCAGAGCUCACCGAGGGGGCACCCAGUUUCUGGGAGCUCUUGGCAGAAGGGCAUGAAUGGCUCUUUGCAGGACAGAAGAUCAGUGGAGAAAUAGUUGAUCUUGUGAAUAUACCUGAAGUGUUCUUUGUUCUUCCUGCUGAAGUACAAACAAAUGCACUUUUGUUAACUAUAGAUGUGUGCCUCUAUUUUUGUAAUAAGAACAACAAUAAUUGCCAAAUGAAAGGAAUUUCAUUUAAACAACCGUUACAAUUCUCCAACACAGGUCAAGGAGCUAUUUCAAAAGUGAACCUUUCUUUUAGCUUUUAAACAAAUAGCUUUCAGAAUUAACUCUUAGAAAUUCCCUCUCCAGGUAACUAAAAUAAUCAAAUAAAGAUGUAUCUUUCAGCUUUUUGCCAUAAAGAUCAGUUCAUUAAAUCUAAUCUUUGAGAAUUAGUUGGCACAGUGGGCUAAUAAACUGCCCAUUUAGUUAUAGUUACCCAAGUUGGAAUCCAGCCCAGACCGACAGGAGGAAGAUCUUGGCAUGACUUUAAACAGUCCAAAUCCAGUCUCUAUUUAGUAUGGUCCUACAUAGCAAAAUUCUUAAUUUGGCAUUAAUGGCAUUGUAAUUGGCAAUUUCACAUACGCCACAAAGAAGGCUGGAUUCAGAAAGGGAAAUAGUGCACAAGGCCAAUAAAGAGAUUGAUCUUCUGUAAAUGUAGCUGAGACUCAUUUUUGGUAAAAUAGAGGGAGCUUUACUCUACAGCACUGUACCUGACCAGGAGUGUUUGAAAGGAAAAAUACGCCAUUCCCAAAUAGGCCUCACUUGCCUUUAUAACCACAACAUUCACAAAAAAAGUAACCUUCUGCCUCUAGUAAUGACUAAUAUGUAAAAAAACCUGUACAUGUAACUCUACUUCUAAAAUAGAAGCAAAUUGUAACAAUGUUUCCUAUUGAAAGCAUUUACUGUAUUAAUAGUAUCCAGGUAAAAUAAAGCAAAAAGCAGUUAACUAGAGUUAAUGCAGUUCUGUCCAAAUUUUCAAAAAGGGAGAGAACUCUGCAUUCCUGGCUUAAGCAUUAAAGUAUAGCCAAUAACCAAUAGAAACUGGUUACAACAAUAGGAAUUCCUAGUGCUGUCUCACAAUUGUAAUCAGUGCAAUAUUACUUUUAAAAUACAAACAGCUGUUGUUUAGAACCAGAGUGAUAAAGUGCCAUGUAAAAUCAUUUGUGCUGACAUAUUUUUCUUAAAAAGCUUACAAGUACCAAAAUGUUUGUUUUUAGUUUAAGCGUCUACCAAUGAACAAAUGAAUUGGAUGAAAAUGAAAGAAAUAUUGUAUGUAUUUAAAUCAGAUAUAAAUAAUGGCAUAUUAAAAGUCUUUCAGAAUUUGUUCACUUUGAUAAGUAAAAACAGAAAGCACUUUGAAUUUUGAUAAAAUCAAGUUCAUGAUUUGUAAGUCUGAACUGUAAUAUAGUUUUGUCCGAUUAAAAUCAACUAACUUUUCAGUCCAACUCUUCUUUUAACAAAAUGUAAUUAAUCUUAUACCCUUACAGUAUUUGAGUUUUACACAUUAAAAACAGUUAACACAGUGCUUUCUGUUGACUUUUUGCUUGUGUUUUGUGCACAGUUUUCUUUCAGAUAAUAUGACAAGUAUCUUUGUAUUUCUUAAAUUGAAAUGAGCAUAUGCAUAUGUUCAGAAUUCUUUCCAAAGAAGAAAUUUAUUAUGCAACUCCUAUGCACAUUAAAACAAUAAAGUCAAUAGCCUUUUAUGUAAA